AUGUCAAAAAGCAAUAAACCAGAAUUAGCCACACAAAACGACCCCUCAUUUUCCGAUAGCGACGAAGGCGAAAUAUUCCAUGAUGCCAGAUACCCCGCUGAAGAAGAAGCCGACCUUUUAAACAAAUCCAACACCCACAAAUCCGCCGCAAACGAACUCUUCUCCUCUGCUCGCUAUUCGGAGGCCAUCACCACAUACGACCGAGCCCUCUCGUUCUGCCCCAACUACCUUGAUUACGAAAUCGCUGUUCUCCGCAGCAACAUCUCCGCAUGCCAUCUGAAACUGGAAGACUGGAAAGGUGCUGUUGAUGCUGCUACUGCCAGUAUUGAGCGGUUGGAUAAAGCCCUUUCGGAACAAACACAACAGGAGACAUCAUCUGGGGUAAAGAAGCCGGGCAAUGGUAAGGAUGCGGGUGAUGAGGUGGUGGAGCUUCUAGAUGGAGAUGGGGAUGAGGAGUCGGAAGAGGCGCAGUUGAAGAAGCUAAGGGAAGAUGACGUGAGAAAGGAAGAUAUAAAGCGCAUAUGGGCCAAAGCGCUCAUGAGGCGGGCUAGGGCAAAGAAGGAAUUGGGAGGCUGGGCGAAUUUGCAAGGCGCUGAGGAGGAUUACAAAGCUUUGCUUGGGAUGGGGAAUUUGCCGGCACAGGAUGAGAAAUUUGUGCGGAAAGCGUUGAGGGAGCUCCCGGACUUGAUUAACGUUGCGAGGGAGAAGGAGGUUGGGGAGAUGAUGGGGAAGCUUAAGGAUCUUGGGAAUGGGAUCUUGAAACCCUUUGGUCUAUCCACAGAUAAUUUCAAGUUCGUCAAGGACGACAAAUCUGGGGGAUAUAGCAUGUCAUUCGAGAAAUAA